GUACAGAUAAAAAUACUCUCAUGGAGAUGAACAUAUGGAGUGUGAAUGAUGACAUGACAGCAAGUGUGUUUAGUGUGAACAUCACUGGACUGACAGCAGAUGAUGCUGGGAAAUACUGCUGUGCCGUGACAUUAGAAACAGACGUGAUUUAUCUUUACACUCAUCUCAUUAUUAUCAUCAAACAGGAACUUCUCUUGAAUAAGAGUGAAGGAGACAACAUGUCAAUGGAGUGCAAACAUCACGCUGAAUAUCAGAAAGUCUUCUGUAAAGCACAUGAAGUCUCAAUGUGUGUCAAUGAUGGAGUUUCAUUACAGUCAAUCAGAGAUGAUGAAUUCUCUUUAAGUGAUGAAACAUCUACUGGAGUCUUUACUGUAAACAUCAGUCAUCUGAGAGAAGAGCAUUCUGGGAUAUACUGGUGUGGAUCUCACAUCAUCACUAAAGUGCAUUUAAACAUCACCAGAGUUUCAGAUUCCUCAAUGAUGAUGAUGAUGAUUAUUGUGUGUGUUUGUGUGAUUCUGCUGCUGAUUGGAGGAAUCACUCUGAUUAAAGUUUAUAAAUUCAAACACAUCAAGACACCAGGUCCAGGAUCAUUACCCACAAUCCCCUCCUCUGAUGAUGUUCUGUACGCUGCUGUUAAUUUCCACAAGCAUGAAGAUUCUGUCAGUGAUGUUUCAGUCACCUUCAGUAAGGACGAGAUUUACAGCGCUGUCAGUCACAACACAAGACUCCAAUAACACAAACAUUAUUCACACUUUUAUUUUCACCUGUCCCACUGCAAAAAUAAACAAGUCACAGUGUCUUUUGCUACAUCUUAUAAAACCUCCUAUAUAUCUGCUCUUAAAUAGCCAGUUAACAUUGGCACAGAACUGUUCAAACACUUUUCUAAAACUUGAAUAACUUUUUAUAGCUCUUGGAAACAUUAAACUGUUUGACAUGAGCUUCAGACUUAUUGAGAACGAAUGAUGUUUAUAUAUUUAUUUUCAUGCCUUUAAAUUUUAAAAUAAUCAUCAUACUACAUAGGGAUGUAACAAUAUUUUCCGUAUCGUGUUACAGCAUCAGCACUCAACAUUAUCGUGGGCACAUGACUGUAUGAAACAAGAGGUCUUCCGGGCCUAACAUAAAGAAAGUUAGAAAAUAUAAUAGAUAUUAUUUUUGGCAAUGUCCAUCUGGUGUGAUUGUUUUAUUUUAAAAGGGAUAUUUAAGUCAUUUAACCCAUUUCAUACAAUAACUCAUUCCUACAAGCAACAGUUAUGACUAAAGGAUAAAGAAAAGAAGAUGCUUAUGACACGUUUCCAAAUCAUCAUAUGUCAUUUUUAAAUAUUACA